AUGCCGAGCCUUACGAUUCUGGAUCUUGGUCACAAUCUCCUCUCCACCUUGCAGGCGGUGAAGCUUGUUGGCCCUCACUUGAAACUGGCCCAGUUGAAUCUAUUGGGGAAUCCCGCGCUCGAAGCCUAUGGGGACGCGAUCAAAGCCUUUUGUUUGUCCUCUCUACCAGCUCUGAAGAUUUACAAUACCAAGCCCCUCCAACUUAAGGGCCACUCCAAGCUCAAGGCCAUCUUAACCCGAUAUGAGGGGCCCCCUGGGGGCCCACUUUCUGAAGGCCUCGACUCCUCUGAAAACGCCUUGGGGGGCCAGCCUCCGAAGCGAAACCGAGAGGAUGCAGGGCCUAAGAGAAAGGUUAAGGCAGUGGAAGAGGUACAAACCGGUGAGGAAGGGGCAGAACGGAAGAGGCACAAAUACGAAAGCGCCAAGGCUUCACAAAAGAAAGCGGCUCGAGAGAGGCCUAGUCACAGCAAAGGUAGAGAGGCCGACAGGGAAGGAGAGGAAAACACGAAGAGACGGCACAGAACAGAGACAGGCAAACACCAGCAUGAAAUAGAGACACACACACGGGCGGAGGUCCCUAAACAGAGAAGUCUUCACGCGCAACGCCAAACUGCCCCUGCAGCAGCAUCCGCUGCAGCAGAAGGAAACGAACGGAAAGGCAAAAAACAGCACCAGCACGAACACCCCGAAACGGAAAAUGGUUCCCACAACCAGAAUAGUAAGGAAAACAGAAGGAAGCAGCAGGCGGAGGCGCAGCAGAUGCAACUGGAGGCCCUCGCUCCAGGAUUACCCAAAAAGAAGGGCAGCAAGACGAAAAAGGAUCAUGAGCAGCAGCAGCAGCAGCACAAUUAUGCAUCUUCCUCGAAUACUGGUGCAGAAAGCUCCUACAGUAUCUUUCAGCAACACGAGCACCAACGCCACUCUCCCGACGGGCAAGGAGAUGCGAACGUGGCCAGCAUUCCCUCCUUUUUCGCCCGCACAGAUUUUGUCGACAAGAUGCAGAUGCUCGCAUCCAAAAGGGGGGGAAGCUUCUGGGUAGCAGGGGCCCCAGGGGAUGCGAAAGCGGGGGAAAGCGUCUGGGAUUAG